CUGGCUCUGGCAAUAACUGCAACUGCUUGAUCAUGAUGAUUAGUGUCCAGUAAGGCUGUGAUCAGUUUCCGUGUUUCUACCGUUUUCAGUUAUAUACAUAACUGGCACCUUUUACUGACGCGUUACUUAUGGAGUAGCACGAACGUUCUGUUUGGUCUUCGUUCUAGCAAAAGUUUUGGUGCUCACCGUCGCCACUCGCCAGGCUUCACCUCAGUGACUGUGGUCUUGCUCUUGUGGACUGUCAUUGAUCUACACGGCGCUCUCCUGCGAACAAACGGCUCUCCGGCAUCAUGAGUUCUGAGCAUCUCUCUCUUGGUUCUGUGUGUCCCCCCGAAACCCCGGGGCUCUUGCGGUGCUACUGCAUGAAGUUUUGUCCUUACUGCCAGCGCCUGCGCCUGGUGCUCGUUGCCAAAAAUGUGAAGCACGAAAUUGUCAACAUUCACCUGAACAAGAAGCCGGAAUGGUUCGUGGAGAAGAACCCCCUGCAGAAGGUGCCAACUCUUGAGCUCGACGGGAAGCUCAUGUUUGAGUCUCUGGUGGCCUGUGAUUACCUGGACGAAGCCCAUCCUGAGAAUCCCCUGCACAGGAAGGACCCUUGGGAUAAGGGCCAAGACCGAAUCUUCAUGGAACUCUUUAAUAAAGUGACAUCACCAAUGUACAGAGUUUACCGCAGUCAUGUCGACGGAGAGGAAGGAGAGAAGAAAAAGGCCUUUGAGGAGAUUCAGAAGGGUUUAGAUACUUUCGAGGCGGAGCUGGGCAAGAGAGGGACAAAGUAUUUCGGUGGUGAUAAACCAGGGAUGCUUGACUACAUGAUCUGGCCCUGGGGUGAGAGACUUCCUGUCAUAGAGAUGAUGUUAGGAAAGGAGCUCGAAAAAUCUCGCUUCCAAAAGAUGAAAACAUGGAUGAAUGACAUGAAGGAGGACCCGGUCGUGAAAGCAAUGUUUAUCCCUCCUGAAGUCCACAAGAAGUUCCUCGAAGGUGCAUUUUCUGGGAGCCCUGAUUAUGACAUGAAGUUUUAAGUCCCUUUUUUAUUUGUAUUUGUUUAUUCAUUUAUUUUUUUUUGGCGACAGAGUAAAAUGAAAAUGAAGGUGCAGUUUUCAUUCAUGGAUUGGGUAACGUUCAUUGAACACAACUUAGUUUGGUUAUUGGAAAAAGAUUUUUUUUCCUUUAAAAAAAUCCUCCAUUUUUCUUUUGUGUUACAAGUUUUUUUUUUAUACAACAAGUUAACUGUUUUGAAGAGUUUGAAAUGUGAGUGCCAUAUAUGAAGAUCUUACAUGGAUAGAAAAUAUAAACUAUACACACAGACAGUAUUUUUAGGUACUUUUGUGCAUGUGAGGCACAGCAUUUUAUAAAAAGACAAAACUGACAGAGGCUGAUUAGAUGUGGGAUACAGACAGUAAGAUUUAAUACUAAAAAGGGUUGUGGUAGAAAAAUAAACAGACAUUAAAGACUACGAAUCUUUAAAAUAAACAAAUUCUCUAAAAUAGAAACCAUUGUAAGAAACCAGUUAAUAGUGAAAUGUUUCUCAUUAAUCUCUCAAGUAAAUAGAUAUAAUAAAAUAUUUUAAUAAGGAAACAUGUCAGAGCGAUGGCCAAAAAUUGUGACGUUUUGAGGGGAAGCAUGACAAAAAAUAGCGUAAACGAAGUCAGAGGGAAAUAAAAUAACAUUCCACAAUCAUAGUAUUUAUUAGCUUUGUUAUUCCCGUAGUUCUAAGACUCGGAACUGUUCUCUGGGGAUGCAGUUUAAUUGCCAAAGGAUUUCGGUAUAAAGAGAAACUAUAUGAAAUGUUCAUCAAGCUCUGAUACUUGCAAAGAGUUGUAUAAAUUUACUCUGUAGUAAUUCACACAUCAUUCAACAGUGCUAACUGCCUUUAUGUGAAAAUGUUCCUUUCGCUGAUAUUUUUAUAUUUGAUUCCCCGUCUAUGAUAUCUCUGUGAGUAAAAAUGUAUUGCAUGUUAAAAUUAUUAGGAAAUCUAUGAUGUAUAUAAAGUGAAAAUAGCCAUUUGCAGGUGUAUAGACUGAAUGUAAUGGUGUACGUGGAGAUAAUGAUAAUGUUAACAUUCAAAGUAAUCAUAAGAUAGCUACUUGUAUUAAGGUCAUUAAUGUCAAUAAAACAUUAGAUUUUCA